UGACACUCUCUUCAUGGCAAAAUUUCUCCCAAUUUUCUCUUCCCAUUUCAUCAUCAUCUUCGUCUUCUCAAUCUCCAUAAUUUUAAUCUCCAGCGAACACCAUGGCUCUGCAAAAACCCUAAACAAAAAAGAUUUUGGUCUCGGAAAAGAGAAGCUUAGUCAUUUUCGAUUCUAUUGGCACGACACUCUUUCUGGCUCUAAUCCUUCUUCAAUGCAAGUUGUGCCUCCGGUUUCUAAUUAUUCAUCAACCACAGCUUUUGGUUUGAUGAACAUGAUUGAUAAUCCCCUAACCGAAGGUCCUAACUUGAGCUCGAAACUGAUCGGGAGAGCACAGGGGCUUUAUGGUGCGACGUCACAAGAAGAAGUAGUAUUAUUGAUGGCGAUGAAUUUUGCUUUCGUUCAAGGUAAGUAUAAUGGUAGUACUAUAACUGUGUUAGGGAGGAACCCAGUGUUUUCGAAGAUGAGAGAGAUGCCGGUGAUCGGAGGGACGGGACUUUUCCAAUUCGCUAGAGGGUAUGUUAAGCUUAAAACUUACGAAGUGGAUAAUAACACAAGAGAUGCUAUAGUUGAGUAUAAUUGUUAUGUGCUACAUUAUUGAAUUUGGUAACCUUCAUCAUAAAUU